AUGCCCCUACCUCAACCGAACGUCACCCUUGAUGGUGCCUGUUCGGUCAUCCACGACAACGUUCUCUACUCCUACUCGUCCGCGGCUUUUCAAUCGUUGUCACUGGAAGAAGGGGCGGAAUGGAAGACGCUGGGAAGCGGAAAGUCAGUUGUGGGAGGCGUAUGCGUGGGUUCGACACCAGUCAACGCUACCCAGGCUGGGCUUUAUAUAGUUGGCGGCACAUCAUCUGAUGCCAACUACACUGGUUUGCAAAAGUUCACUUAUUCGACCGGCAAAUGGGAAGCAAUUUCACCGCAGGUGGCGGUGACGCAAAGUCGAAUCUGGCACAGCGCCGUUUAUCUCCAAGCAUCCGACAAGAUAUUGGUGUAUGCUGGUUCCCAAGAUGGCAUCAAAUUUCCAUCCACGCAAACGUUCACGAUAGGAGCAUCAGCUCCCUUUGAUGUUUCCGCCUACGAAUCGAUCGCUCCUCCCGUCAUUGCACCGAUCCUCCUUCCUUGGUCGGAGACGGAUGCUGUACUGGUUGGCGGUGACGCUACCAACUUGAAAGUCAUGCUUUUCAACCCCGACAAACGCUGGUAUGACUCCGGAAGUACUUUGGCCAAUCCCAUUGUCAAGGACUCGAGCAUGGUGAAGGCGACGAUAGUCACUGGGGACGACGGCAGCAAACACUUGUACACGUUCGAUCUCAGCACUUCUCCGAAUACUGUGAACAGGACUGUCUUAUUGGAUGGCAAGGGAGCUCCUGUUCUCAAAUCGGCUCCGGUUAAACCCACUAGUGGUGGUAGUACGCGAAGGGAUCUCGACGCGAACAAUUGGCCUGACUACAAUUCCACAUUGGCACCAGAGGCUACAAGGACUGAGUACUCGCUAGCCAGUGCCUCUGAUGGUGUCACCGUCAUGUCCGGCGGCAACAAAGACGACAUCCUGUGUAUCUUUGACACGACGCAGAAUUCUUGGCAGAAUGCGACUCAAUUAUUUGUUGGGAGGGCUGUGACGACCGAGUCGGAACCCAAAUCUACGAGCUCUAUUACGCCUUCGUCUUCAUCUACUUCGAUCUCUUCUACCCCCGUCGCAGCAUCAACACAAAGCCCCACUACUGCUGCCGCAGCCGCAGCCUCUAGUGGGCUGCCACCAACGUCAAUUCUCGGCAUUGCACUUGGUGUUAUAUUCGGCUGCGCUAUUAUCCUCAUUGCUUUGCUGUUCCUUAUGAAGCGGAAAAGACAAAAGCAGGCUUACGUGGAUGCUGGGCACGCUAGAAGGGCGAGUGGCAUCCCGGAGAAGCAGGAGUAUCUCCCAAGGGACAUGGCCAGGACGACCGGUGGCUUUUUCCCAGGUCAUAGCCAACAGGAAUCACAAUCAUCGUUUUCGUCGAUGGCCAUCUUGAUGGGCAAGGCCCAAAAACCAGGAGUGGCCCGGAAGCCUAGUAAGGACUCGAAGCGUAGCUCGGCGAGCAGCAUCUUGAACAGACAGUUCAAGAGCACGAUCAGCCGACCGUCGCCCAUUCCAGAGCCUGAAAAUGAACCAAGGGCAUCCGACACGAUCCCACUGAGGGAAGAGCGGGCAGCUCCAAUGCCAGUCGGCAUGGGUGCGGGUCAAGUUAACCCCAGACCACCCCCCGCUGCAGCCCGGGAAGAUGGUACGAGGAGGAGUUCGGGUUGGAACCGUUACUGGUCGGGUGGUAGCACGAUGAAUAUGAUGGGCUUCGGCAAUGGCGCCUCUCGCAGGGAAACACAAGCUUCGGAACCGAGCUCCCAGUACACCGACAUGCACCGCAUGACGCAGGACUCCGCCACUGUACCGCCACUGCAAGUGGAAGACAGACCGGCUUUCUAUCGUGUGCAAUCGGGGAGCCCAACAGUUUCCUACUACGCCAAUAAUGUACGGGAGGGUCAAUCCGCUGAGAUCCAACGACCGGUGUCCAAUGUCUCUUCCUCUGGAUACUCGAGCGGCAUCCCGCCCAGCGUGGACGAGGCAUGGGAUCCGACCAUUGCGAAGAAGCCUUGGGGCCAGGAUCGCGCGCCCAGCAGUGCGUAUUCACAAAGCACUGCAUUUCCCACAGGUCUGGGAGCGCCCGGCGGCCCCAGUCGACCCCCGACCGGUGUCUCUCGCCAACCCCAGCUGACGAUGGCCUCCACUUCUGAUAUGAGCUGGCUGAACUUGGGAGAAAAUGGCCAUAACCGACAGUCUCAGUGA